GCCGCCCACUUUCUGCCUCGCGCUGCCCUAGCCGAGCUCAGGAGGUUGGAGCACGCGGCAGCCCUGCGAAUCCAACGUUGCUGGCGCCAGUGGCGUGCUGCCAGGGCCAGGAAAGCAGCGAAAGGAAGGCGGCCAAAAAGCCGACGCCGGCAACGGCACGCCGCGGAAGAGUGGUGGGCAUGGGAGGAGUGGUCCUCUUGGCCAACAGAGCGGGGGCUGCGGCAGCGUGCCAAGUCGACAUCCUCCCGUCCACAGUGGUGGAGCUGGGAAGGAGCUGAAAAGGGGGAUGCGCGUCCCUACCAGGCUCAGGCUUGGAAGCAUCUUCCCGAAGCGCCGAAGACGUUGCGCUGGGUGCCGAA